CGAAACGCGCAGUUGGGAUACAGUGACAUGCACUGAACCCAGUCAGAGCGGCUGAUUACCUUGUUUAUUUAGUUGCCUCUUUCAACAAGGAUAGGUUUCUGUUUACAUAUAUACUGGAAUCUUUGUUUGUGAGCAAUGGGUGACGAUCAGUGCAUUGCCAGCAAGAAGUCACGAAGCAUGAGCGAGCUUGAGGAGUUUGACAGCAUAUUUCCUGAUCUGGUGGAUGGUCUGACAAAGAUUGGUCUGAAGGAUGCAGAAAUAUCUGACGCAAUGAAAUGGUUCAAAGAGGUGUCUGAGUACAAUGUUCCGUUUGGGAAGAAGAACAGAGGGAUGUCUGUGGCUAUGUCCUACCAGAGUUUUGUUCCUGAUGCUUCUCAGGAAGAUCUGAAGCGAGCGAGGAUCUUGGGUUGGUGCGUGGAAUGGUUGCAAGCCUUCUUCCUAGUGGCUGAUGAUUUGAUGGACAAGUCUGUGACACGGAGGGGAAAGCCAUGUUGGUACAAGAGGGAGAAUGUGGGUACAAUAGCUGUCAAUGACUCUUUCUAUCUGGAGGCCGCCCUCUACCAGAUCCUGAAGAAACAUUUCCGCCAUCUUCCAUACUACACCAGUAUCCUGGAGCUGUUCCAUGAUACAACCAUGCAGACGGUGAUUGGCCAGUGCUUGGAUCUGACAACAGCACCACCAGAGGGCACUGUGGACUUCAAAGGAUACACGCUUGACAGAUACAGUGCCAUUGUCAAGUACAAGACCGCUUUCUACUCCUUCUACUUGCCUGUCGCAUUAGCUAUGUAUAUGGCAGGGAUUUCUGACGAGGCAUCUCACGCCAAUGCCAAGACGAUCCUGCUACAGAUGGGCCACUUCUUCCAAGUUCAGGAUGAUUUCCUGGACUGUUAUGGUGACCCAGAGGUGAUAGGGAAGAUCGGUACCGAUAUAGAAGAUAACAAAUGUGGUUGGUUGGUGGUUCAAGCUCUCAACAGGGCCAAUGACAGCCAAAGGAAACUGUUAGAGGAAAACUACGGGCAACAUGAUCCUGAGAAGGUGAAGAAGGUGAAGGAAGUGUUUAGAGAACUGAAUCUCCAGAAAGUGUACACGGACUAUGAGGAGAGCAGUUACAAUGACCUCAGUGUUCUUAUAGGAAAAUGUGCAGGAAAUCUGCCCGAGGAAGUUUUCAGGGACUUUGCCAAGAAGAUAUACAAACGGCAGAAGUAAAGUUGUGUUUUAGCAAGUGUUUUCACAUGUACAGUCAAGCAUGGUAGCGUCGGAGUUGAACAUUAAGUUCGACACAUCCAAGAUGGCCACAACAGUGUUUGACUGUAGUUAAUUUAUUGAUGUACAGUCCUAUUAUGUUUGGACUGACUGACUGAGGUUGGUUUUACGCCGCUUUUAGCAAUAUUCCAGCAAUAUCACGGCGGGGGACACCAGAAAUGGGCUUCACUCAUUGUACCCAUGUGGGGAUUCGAACCUUGGUCUUCGGCGUGACGAGCCAACGCUUUAACCACUAGACUACCUCACCGCCCUCUUAUGUUUGGAAGGUGACAGAGCAAGCAUCAUGUACAGCCUACUAAUUGGGAAAAGGAACAAAUUGUUGGAUUCCCUCCAAUUGGCUCAUUUUUGAAAGCCAGUUCCAGAACGUCAACUUUAAAGCCUGGCAGGUCUUGGACCAUGGCUCUAAGAGUUUUGAUCAAUGUUUAUUUUUCAAAACUGUUCUAUUGUCAUGAGAUGUUAUUAAAUAAAUGGUAACUGCCACUUUGAAACUGCAAUAUAUUCCAACAUAUAACAAGUUUAAAUACAUUUUUAAAUCUAAAAUUUCCCUUUCUGACUGGGGGCAGUGGGGUAGCCUAGUGGUUAAAGCGUUCGCUCGUCGUGCCGAAGACACAGGUUCAAUUCCCCACAUGGAUACAAUUUGUGAAGCCCAUUUCCGGUGUACCGUGCGAUGAUAUUGCUGGAAUAUUGUUAAAAGCGGAGUUAAACUAAACUCACUCACUCACUCACUUACUCAAAUCUGGUUGCUUUUUCAACUUUGAAUUGAGAAACUAUUUUAGAGUGUUGAUGUGCUACUUCGUAGCCCAAAGCAGUAAACAUUUAAGACCUG